AUGGCCUCCCCCGUGAAACGACGCGUCCUGGCACCCCUCGACGCAAACGCGAGCGUGUCUGCCUCGCCCAUUUCCGUCGCAAGCAAGCCAGUAGCUGUCGAGAGCAAGUUCCCACUGUCACCGCCAAGCAGUGCCAUAGCUCAUAAGCGCACACUGCCGGAGACGUGUCUGGACAACGAGCCGGCCGACUCCACGACGCCCCUGAAGAAGACAUGUCUCGCGAGCGGCGCGGAGAUGUCAUCAACAAUCCUGCUGCGUGAUAGCAAGCAGUCGGACAAGCAGUCUCAGCAACAGCAGAAGCAGCAGAUCGACCAGAUUCCUACAACAGCCUCCCCAGCAGUUGCCAUGACUGCCUCCGCCUCUCGGCGUUCUCUGUCUCCUACUACAUCCUCCGUCUUCGAUCUGUCCGCCAUGGUCGACACGUCUCAGGCCACCAACAUUACCGAGCCGGACAUCGACGCUCCCCGGCCUGCCGGCUCGUCUGGACCGCCGACGCGAGAACAAUCGCGACAGAGAGCAGAGAUUCUCAAACUUCGUCUGAGUUUGGCCCGGUACAAAGUGCGAACGGGCCAGGUUGACGUGCCACUGGAGCAGCUCCGGGUGGUGCCGGCGGCAAUACUACUGCAACGCCAACAAGGCCAAUUGUCAAGGGAGUGUUCAGCGAGCGAAUGGCUGCGUCAGCAGCGAGAGCAAAAGCACGAGGCAGAGCCGGCGAGCUCGCAGGCGAGACAUCAGCCGCCGCUGCGACAGCGAUUGGCGCUGUGGGGCCCUGCCUCGUCAAGCGUGGUCGGCGCUCCUAGCAGCCGCGGUCGUAACGACGAAGUGAGCGCCACUCAGACCAGCAGCAGCGACGACGACGACGAGGAGGAUGAAGGCGACGACGAUGUGCAAGAUUCCCAGCCCCUCCCACAGCAACCGCGGCAUCAGCUGGACACGGUGGACGUCAUUGAAGACAGUGACCUAUCUGAUCCGGAUGGUCCGAAGCUGAUUCGGGCCAAUGACGACGACGAAGACGAGGACGAGUACGGCCAUGAGGACGACGAUGACCUGCCUCAGAUGCCGCGGGUCCGUCGCUUGUCGCCCGCCAAGAAGUCAACGUUGAGCAGCAACAAGCACAACAUUUUGACCACGCCGCGCGGCAACCGGCUCCUGGUGGAUGAUGUGAACGGGGGCCAUUUGGAUGGUCUAACAAGCAGUGCCAUGCGUGGCAGUGCCGUCAAUGGUCUGCUCAGCCUUUCCCGCAGCUGA